ACAGGUUGAUUAUGGGCAAAUUUCUGGUCCACCUCAGAUGCAGUACAGACCUCAGCAACCCAUGGCAGGGGCAUUUCCUCCUGUAUCAGGCCCUUCCCAGGGUCCUGGCCAUUUUGGUUAUACUCCUCAACAAACAAUAUAUCCAAUGGGACAGCCAUCAGGUCCUUUGUAUAUUCUUAGGGCCCCUGCAACUCCCAUGAAUACAAUACAGCAGUACAGUCCUGGUCAAAAUUUUGAGCCACGUGCACGGGAGAGGAAAUUAAUUCGAAUGAAAGAUCCAGACAGUAACAAAGAUGUGACACAGGAAAUUCUUAAUAAUCGUCAACCAUCAGGAAGUGUAUCAGGAAGUGCAUCAGGAAGUACUGGGGGUACACCAACUAACACCCCAGAUAUAUCAGGACAGUCCAGUAGUUCAAGUACACCUCCACUAUCAUCACGGCAACAAAAUGUGCGAGCACAGUUUGCAGCGCAGGUAGCUGCAACUUUAACUAGUGACACAGAUAAAAACAAAAAACCCGGAGACGUUAUUAUACAGAAGCCAUCAGUAAAUAAUAAGUUGACUGUAGAUGCUCCCAAAUUAAAAUCUGUAGCUGAUACAUCAAAAUAUUACUUGUCAAGGCAAACAGAAAUUAGUGCAAACAUGACUGCUGCAACAGAAAGAAAAUUGGCUGAACAGCUGUUAGGAAAGAAGUUAGGAAAACAGGUAAAAGAGGAGUCCAAAUCAAGACAACCCAAAAAACAGGACAAUCAGCAAGUUCCUAAAGUUGAGCUAACCCUGGAGGGAUCUGUAGGAGAAGAAAUUAUGCUAAAAGCUCCUCAAUCAGAGAGUGCAGAAGUUGAGGAGAUGGUCAAUGGGUAUGAGGCUAAGGCUAAAACUGCAAGUGUUACAAAGAACUCUACUGAUGUUCCAGGAGCAGAGGCAUCCUUUCCAGACCUUGAUGAAAAGCCUAAAAAACAAGAUGGGGGAAGGCUCACAUAUGAAAGGGAUUUCUUGUUGCAGUUUCAGACCCAUCCAAUGUGUAUGUUGAAGCCUGAAGGUCUGCCUGAUUUAGAAAUUGUUCUUCGCCAAGCAAGAACUCCCUCCAGAUCACGAUUUUCUCAGAACAGGAUGCAACCCAAAGAUGGUGGUGAAAAUAUGUUUCUACCGGCCUACCUUAGGCAAAAUUCAAGAAAUAGCUCCUCAAACCAAAGAGCGGGACGUAGAAAUGUUCCACCCAAGAAAGUGAUUGAUCUUGCUCCAAAAAUAGCUAGCACAGAGCAACUGAAAAGAACAGAGAAAAGAUGGAUGCGACCCAGUGAAGCUGUGAAAGAUGGCCUCAGUGAAGAACAGAUGAAGACUGAGGAGAUACUCCGCAAGGUGAGGAGUAUUUUGAACAAGUUAACACCCCAGAAGUUCCAGACAUUAACACAGCAGAUUAUUGACUUGGAAAUUAACACACAAGAGAGAUUGGAAGGUGCUAUUGACCUCAUAUUUGAAAAGGCCAUUGAUGAAGCUGCAUUCAGUGUGGCUUAUGCAAACAUGUGCAGAUGCCUCAUUCCUAAAAAAGUGUUAGUAGAGAAGGAUGGGACAACAAAAGAAUUGACCUUCCGCAAAAUUUUGCUCAACAAAUGUCAGAAAGAGUUUGAAAAAGAAAAGUCUGUUGAGAAGAGAAUUCAUGAGAAACUGGAGGAACUCACCAGCAAGGGCCUGAGUGAGGAGGAACUUGAAAUGAAGAAAAAUGAUCUUCGAGAUGAAGAGACCCAAGUCAAACGACGCACAUUGGGAAACAUCCGCUUCAUUGGAGAACUUUUCAAACUUAAGAUGCUGACUGAGAGUAUCAUGCAUGACUGUGUAGUGAAGCUGUUGAAGAGUAACGAUGAGGAGGCCUUUGAAUGCCUGUGCAAGUUGUUGGUUACCAUUGGAAAAGAUCUAGAUCAUGCAAAAGCCAAGCCGAGAGUGGAUCAAUACUUUGCUCAAAUUAACAAAAUAAUCCAAGCAAGAAUUACAUCAGCACGUGUCCGAUUCAUGAUGCAAGACAUUGUUGAUCUGCGUAAUAACAACUGGGUCCCUCGCAGGGAAGACAACAACCCCAAAACUAUUGAUCAGAUCCACAAGGAAGCUGCUGAUGCUGCAAAAAAGACACAAUUAAUGAUUCAAAUGGCAAAACAAGACAAAAAGCUCAGAGGUAACAUGGGUGGUCGAGACAGUCCCAGACCCUCUGGUGGUGUACCACAGGCUGAUGAGACUUGGACAACUGUCAGCAGAGGUCCAAAGAAUGUGAGCGUGGAUCCAAAGAGAUUCCAGAACAUCAAGCGCCCAGUUGAUUCUGAAAACAUCUCACUAGGACCUGGUGGUAAGGGAUUUUCAUCAUGGGCCAGAGGAAGCAGUGGAGGAACAGGAGCAGUAGGGGCUGGGGCUGGGGCUGGUCCAUCAGCUGCCUCUGCUGCUCCUCCUGCUGCUUCAGUUGAAGACAAUAGACCCACGGGCAACAGGUAUUCUGCAUUGGCAGGAGAGAGAAAGUACUCUGCACCUUCAAGACAAAAUUCUGGUGGCUCUGGUCGCCAAGAACCUAGGAGUCCAAUGGGAGGUGGAAGGCGAGCACCUUUUGGGGCAGGAGAGCGAGAAAAGGCUCUAGAAGCUGUUCGAGCGGUAACACAACCAAAGCGCAAUACCCAAGAACGUGAAGGAGGAAGGGAAUCUCCAAGGCUGACACCCGAGGCACCUUCAACUCCAGAGCCCACUUCUGCUUCAGUUUCCCCUGCACCAGAACUCACCCCUGAAGCGAUGAAAAAGAAGGCAAAGGCCAUUAUUGAAGAGUAUCUGGAUAUCAGAGACAUGAAGGAAGCUGUUGAGUGCGUUAAAGAACUCCAGUCACCUUCAACACAUCAUGUCUUUGUGACAUUUGCAUUCAACCACACAGUUGAGCAAAAAGAAUCAAGUAGAAAGGCCAUUGGUAGACUGUUCCAUUUCCUGCUCCGUGAUGGGGUGCUCACAAAUGAACAGUACCUCACUGGGGUUGAACCAAUCAUGAAAAGUGCUGAAGAUCUUGAAGUUGACGUUCCACUGCUGUGGAAGUAUCUUGCCGAGAUGAUGGGACAAUCAGCUUUUGAUGGAAAUCUGAAUCUUGAUAAGCUUCUUUUGGAAUGUGUCCUAAAAUAUGUGUCGAAACAGAAAGCUGCUAAACUAUUUUUUCACUUGUUGGAGACUGCAGCAAAUGACACGAGUCGGGAAGAUGUGUCUGCCAUCUUGAGUAGGUACAAUGUCCGGUUGAAUGCCUUCUUCGACACUGAUAAAGAAGCUAUUGAAUUUGCCAAGGAUAAGAAUAUUGAAUUUGCCCUCGGUCAAGUCAGUUCAUCACAGAAUGUUGGCUCAGCCACUCAACAUUCUGCAAAAAUACAAGAAGAACUUAGGAAUCUUAUAUUGAAGAGAAAGGCCAGAAACGAAGAAGUGUUUGAGUGGAUUGACGAACAUGUUCCUGAAACAGAAACCAAGGAAGCACCCUUCAUUAGAGCUCUUGUAACAGCUGUUUGUGAGGAUACAAUGGAAAACGAAGACGGAGGACAAUGUAAAUGCAACGUCAACCUUAUGAAGGUCAGAAAAAGUCUUCUUCAAAAGUACAUUGACAUCAAUACGCAUCUUGAACUCCAGGCGCUGUUUGCAGUGCAGGCACUCUUUGUACAGCUGGAUCAUCCGCCAGGUUUCAUCAAGUCCUAUUUUGACACAUUAUAUGACGAGGAAGUCGUCUCAGAAGAUUCAUUCAACACCUGGGAAAGUAGUUCCGAAGAACAACUAGGUAAAGGUGUGGCCGUAGCCGCCAGUUCAGAGUUCUUCCGAUGGCUUAGAAGCGCCUCUGAAGAGCCUGUGGAGGAGAGCUGAUCCAUUCGCCUGAUACUGGAUUAUUUUAUCGUAAGAUCCACGAAUCGGGUCAGCUCAAUUUGAAAAGAAAUGCUUGAGGAUAACUUCUUCAACGCCAAUGGAAACGGAAAACAAAUUUAAACUGAACACUGAAUCAGUGCUGAAUUUCGUAAGGAUAUUGUUGACAGAAUGCGAAGGAUCGUGGAAAAUUCGCGAGUACUUCGACGAGAUAUUUAUGGAAGGUUGUGUGAGGCCUUUCAAUUUAAAAUGGUAUGCGACUAACGUGUUACCAAAGUCUUGGUAUCGCAUGUCACAUCUGCUGUUUCCAGUGGUGAGCCGAUGAUCAGUUGUAUCAUGUGGCGCCUCGGUGGUUGAAUUAAUUAAGGUUUCUUGCGCGCUAGAGUCGGACAGACAGGUCUGCUGAAGAUAAGAAGACUGUAAAUACGGCGGAACAAGACUAAUAAUUAUUGUGGAACAAAACAGAAGAAUCCAUAUUUUGUGCCUGGAGAAGAGAAAAUUAAUAAAUUAAUGUUUGAAUGAAUGAUUAAUCCUUCCGCCUGCUGAUAAUUGAAACCGAAAGUUCGUUUUCCUGGGGUGCCUGGCUUAGCUCACAACCGGUUGGGUAGACAGGUCCUUGUAAGCAGGUUCUCUUAUUGAUCAGAACGGUUAGGCCAGACCAAUAAAAUUCUAGAUUUCGUCCUGA